UAGACAUCUGCGAGAUAAUGACUGAUGGGAGUUGAGAGCAGCAUAGCAUUAGGGCAGCUAGCAAAUCAAUAGCGUCUGCAGACGAAUAGGAUUUUUACAUUACAGUUCCAUUGCAGUCAAUGUGUGGCAUGUGAAAUUUCUCAUAUACAGGAUUACUUUUCUUUUAAAAUAUUUUUCUCUUCAUAUACUUUAUGGGUGCGGUGUAAAAAAAUUAUUUUGCUUUGUUUUUUUUAAAUUGUGCCUGUUUUUGAGUGAGACAGCAUCCACACUGCUUGCAGACAGAUUACCAUGCUGGGUUUGGAUGUAUGUGAGUUUGGCAGCCAGCUCCUGGAACUUAUGUGGCUGACAGUAUGCUACAAAGAUAUUAUGGCAGACAAGGAUCCAGAGCUAUAUCCUGUAGAAGAGGAUGCCUUGGUUGACUCAAGCUACAGAGCACCAGCACAGAAGACACUUAAAGAAAUUCAGGAGAUGGACAAUGAUGACGAGAGUUUGAAUAAAUACAAGCAGGCACUUCUUGGCUGUGGGCCUCUAGACAUAGAUCCCAAAACACCCAAUGUUCAAGUAACAAGAUUGACUUUGGUCUGUGCGACUGCACCCGAGCCCAUUUUCAUGGAUCUAACAGGUGACCUGGCAGCUCUAAAGAAGAAGAUCUUUGUCUUAAAGGAAGGUGCAGAAUACAGAUUGAAAAUUAACUUUAAAGUUAACAGAGAAAUUGUUUCAGGCUUAAAGUAUGUCCAUUUUACAUGCAAGGGCCGUUUGCAGGCGAGUAAGGACACCUAUAUGGUUGGCAGCUAUGGCCCUAGAGCAGAUGAGUACGAGUUUGUAAGUCCAAUUGAAGAAGCACCCAAAGGAAUAAUGGUGAGGGGCAUGUACACCAUGAAGUCCCAUAUCACAGAUGAUGACAAAAGUGACCACCUGCACUGGGAGUGGAAGCUCAAUAUAAAGAAAGAUUGGAAGGACUAAGACCUGCUCACUUUGAAAUGAGUAACCAGUAGUCAGCAGGAUUACUGUCCUUUGGUACCAAAGUUACUUUAAGGCUUUUUAAUUACUGUUCCUAAUUGUGUACAUCAUUAUAUGUGCAAAAGUAACUAUUUGUCUGCAAAACCUGUUGUUUUUAGUACAAGUGCUUUAGGUAGUUAUGUGUGUUCUGGUGUUUAUAAUGGUGAAAAGAAGAUUUAUAUCAAAACAAUGACUAUUCAAAAUUGGUUAUGUGCAAACAUGGAUAUGAGAAAGAUUAACUUGUUCUGAGCGGCUAAAAAUAUGCUAUGUAAUAUCAUUCAAAACGCCAAUAGUGAAAUUAUGAAUAAUACAUUCUGCUUCAUCAUAAAAUAUUAGCAGAUGUAAACUUGAAAUAAAAACAAAAAUGCUGGAAGUGCGUAGCAAGUUAACUGGCAUCUAAAAAAGAAAGGCAUUUCAAAAUGUGACAAUUCAUCAGAACUGCAGAUAACUGCUCUGAAUUCUCUUAUUUUCUUUUCCACAAUGGGUUGAAUUUUAUUUCCAUGAUGAAAAACCAUCUGAAAAGUAGUUAAAAAGUAAUAUUUUAAACAUUAAAUGGCAAAAACAAAUAUCUGAUCAACUUACAAUACAAACAAAUUAAACAAUCAAAUUGAAUAGUCACUUUGCAACUAUACAACUAACACCUUUACUAUUAACUACAAUGAUUACACUUUAAAAGUACUUCAGUGUCUGUGAAGCACAUUGGGAUGCCCCGAGGUUGUGAAAGGCACCAUGUAAAUGCUUCUGAGAUAAUGGGAACUGCAGAUGCUGGAGAAUCCAAGAUAACAAAAUGUGAGGCUGGAUGAACACAGUAGGCCAAGCAGCAUCUCAG